GGAGAGGGAGAGGGAAGGUGCCUGGCCUGGGCUGGCGACAGGACACGCAGCUGCCUCUCCGGAGAAAGCUUGGACCGAGUGUAACUUUACCUGGCACAACAUGGUCUGUCCAAUAUUUGGUGCGCAUCGAUCAAAUUACAUGGAGAAUUAUAUCAUCCUGCCUGUACACUUAGACUUUACCCUCCAAUCAGCACUGUACUUUAUUACUCUGGAAGAUACUGUAUCGCUACGCCCCUAUACAGUUUUAUGGAUACUCUGCCUAUUUUCCUUAUGUUCAGCAGCCAAAAUUUGCAUUAGUAAUAAAAGAACAGCCAAAGACACUGUUUGCCAGCGGACGUUACUGGGGGACGAACUGUAAACAUUUAUCUUUCCAAGACUGUGGAUAAAGUCAACAUGUGGAGUUGAAGAUUAUGCCCAAGAGCACUGAAGUGCAAAUAGGGGAAUCCGGGACCGAACUGGAAAAGCGAGAUCUAUCAGCACAUAAGAAGAUAAUAGGUUGAGCGUUCUGUUGUUAACUCCCUGAUGUCAAGAAGAGUUGUGCAAGUAUUGCAUUUAACCAUUUUAUCAGCGUUCGAAAUAAGAGAAUACAUUUCUGCGAUCGCAUUACGCGUUUCCAUGCACACGUAUGAGUUGUGACUCAUCUCCGCUAUAACUAUUUACCAAUUUGAACUCAAAUAAUCUUAAGUAUGUGUUGCAACGUGAAAAUUUAACUAAUAUUUUUGUUACAUGGUUUCUUGCUAAUAGUAAACAAGAGAUUCUGCAGAUGCUGGGGGCAUCUUGAGCAACGCAGACAAAAUGCUGAAAUAAUUUAGCAAAUCAGCCUGCGUAGAUGGAGGGGAAUAACCUCAGCGGUUUUGGAAAGGAAGGGGGCAGACGCUGGAAUAAGGCUGGGGGGGAAGGAGUACAAGCUGGUAGGUGAUAGUUGAAACCAGGUUGAGGGGGAGGGUAGAGGGAUGAAGUAAGACACUGGGAGAUGAUAGGUGAAAGAAAUAAAGAGCUGAAGGAGGAGGAACCUGACAAGAGGACAGUGGGCAUUUAGGAAGGGGAGGUGAUGAAAACGUAAGAAGGCGUGAGAAGCUAACCAAGUUGGGGAAUAGAAGGAAGGGGAGAGAUUAUCGGAAGUUAGAGAAAUCGAUGUUCAUGCAAUGACGUCGGAAGCUACCCAGGUAUGAGCUAUUCUUCCUCCAACCUGAGUUUGGCCUCAUCAUGGAAGUAGAGGAGUCCACAGACAGACAUGUCAGCACGGGAAUGGGAACUCGAAUCGAAAUGGGUGACCACUGGGAGAUUCUGCUUUUUGCAGAGCGAAGGCGCCAGAUUAAUAAAUAGUCUAGUGUACGUUAUUUCAGACGAUUGGUGUUUGAUAUCAUAAAAUAUUAUCAGCUCUUUAAUUUCUAACAGUGCAGAAGUAUUCAAAUAACAAUUUGUACUUAAUUAAAAAAGAUAUUAGACCGGCCCUAUUACGGAGCCGAGUCGCCGGUACGAAACCCCACAGCGAGGUGGGAAGUGGAGCGCUCCCACCCCGCAGGCGGGACAGGGAUAUGCGCCUGUGCUCUUACAGUUUAGCGUGCUCCUUCCAAAGCAGUCAAACUUUAGAUUCCUGGCAGUCCCGUAUGAAAGUGUCAAAUAUACAUAUAAUUAUGACUUCAAUAUUUUUCUCAUAAUCGUACAGAACAGGAGGUACCUCUGUUGAACCUUCUUGUCUUUUUUAGAGUGAACAUUUGUCUUAAAAUAAAUCCUACCCUGAAAUUAAAUUUCCAAAAAUUGCAGAUAAUUAUUCAUUUGAGGUCACAACUUCAGAAAAUUAGAUGUGUGGCGAAGAAUGUGACCUCAAACACAUACAUACAAAUUAAGUUUGUGCUAGAGACAUGCAUAUUAUAAAAUAGAUGGGAAGCGAACAGUGUGGGGUUGAUACAGGGAAACGUACUUCCCGAAGUGAAUAGAAACAAAGUCGAAUUAUACAAUGUAUAAUAAAAUAUUAUUCAUUUAAGAGAUGCAGAACAAUGAAAUGCAGGUAUAACAAUCAUGCACUUAAAAUGCCUUAAAGCAUGGGAGUUGUUUUUUUAUCUGCUUAUUAGUGGUAGUUUAGGACUUACUAGUUCGUUUGGGUAUUCACAAUUUCCUGUGAUGAUGUCAUGAAGUUUCACCUGGUUAUGUAUUAAAAAGGGAGAGUCAUGCGUUACUGCAGAAGUGUGAGGUGUCUCAUUCAGUGCCUAACUGGAGCACUCCUUCGGGAACACCAUGUGGGAAACAGAAACUCUAAAGCCAGCAGCAAAGGCACAUCAUGAAGUAGCAGAGAAAUGGCAAGGGACAAAAGGCUGCAGGUACAUCUUUGGAAUGUGGGAGAAAACCAAAGCACCCAGAGGAAAUCCACAUGGUCACAGGGAGAAUGUACAAGUAGCAGCAGGAAUUGGGGGAGGAAUGGCCAAGCAGAGGAAAGACAAGACCAGCAGGUCUCUGGCACUGAGUCUGGCUUGUGGCUCAGAAGAGAAGGGAGGAGAAGAGAUUGAAAAAGAAAGAAAAAAGAAAGAAAAGACAAUACGGGGAGAAAAAAUGAGGUACGAACGCAAGCUAGCCUGGAAUAUAAAGGAAGAUAGCAAAAGCUUUUUUAGGUACGCGAAGAGAAAGAAGAUAGUUAAGAACAAUGUUGGGCCCUUGAAGAAUGAAUUAGGUGAAAUUGUUAUGGGAAACCGAGAAAUGGCAGAAGAAUUUAAUGAGUACUUUAGAUCUGUUUUCAAUAAGGAAGACACAAGCAAUCUCCCAGAUGUAUGGAUGGGCCAAGGACAUAGGGUAACAGAGGAAAUGAAACAGAUUGACAUUAGGAAGGAAAUGGUGAUGAGAAGACUGAUGGGACUGAAGGCUGACAAAUCCUCAGGUCCAGAUGGUCUGCAUCCUAGGGCACUAAAGGAGGUGACCCUGGAAAUUGCGGAUGUUUAG